AGGAAGAGAGUUUCUUUAUUGCAUAAGCAAGGACAAAGUUUUUUCCUUUCUCUUCAAUUGCCAAUGCCUCAUCAGAAGCUUUCAGCAUUUAUUGAUGCCAUUUGCAGUUUUGUCAUCUGCAAUGAUUCUUCCCUUCGAGGUCAACCUGUUAUCUUCAAUCCUGAUUUUUUUGUGGAAAAACUCCGACAUGAGAAACCUGAGGUGUUCACUGAGUUGGUGGUCAGCAAUAUCACAAGGCUUAUCGAUUUACCAGGAACUGAGCUGGCUCAGCUGAUGGGAGAAGUGGACCUUAAAUUGCCCGGUGGGGCUGGCCCAGCAUCAGGAUUCUUCCGGUCUCUAAUGUCUCUCAAGCGGAAGGAAAAGGGAGUGGUAUUUGGAUCCCCAUUGACAGAGGAAGGCAUAGCCCAGAUAUACCAACUGAUUGAAUAUCUGCACAAAAACUUGCGAGUAGAGGGUUUGUUUAGAGUUCCAGGGAAUAGUGUCCGACAGCAGAUUUUAAGGGAUGCUCUCAAUAAUGGAACUGAUAUUGACUUGGAAUCAGGGGAGUUUCAUUCAAAUGAUGUUGCUACUUUGCUGAAGAUGUUUCUAGGAGAGUUACCGGAGCCCCUGCUGACACACAAACAUUUCCAUGUGCACCUCAAAAUUGCUGAUUUGAUGCAGUUUGAUGAUAAAGGAAACAAGACCAAUACACCAGAUAAGGAGCGACAAAUUGAGGCUCUUCAGUUGCUCUUCCUCAUUCUCCCUCCACCCAAUCGUAACUUGCUGAAGUUGUUACUUGAUCUGUUGUACCAGACAGCAAAGAAACAAGACAAGAAUAAAAUGUCUGCCUAUAAUCUUGCCCUUAUGUUUGCACCCCAUGUCCUGUGGCCAAAAAAUGUUACUGCAAAUGACCUUCAGGAAAAUAUCACAAAGUUGAACAAUGGGAUGGCUUUUAUGAUCAAGCACUCGCAGAAACUUUUUAAGGCUCCUGCUUAUAUUCGAGAAUGUGCCAGAUUGCACUAUUUGGGCUCAAGAGCUCAAUUGUCAAAGGAUGACCUUGAUCUGACCACUGCAUGUCAUGUUAAGUCCUUCUCGCUGGCAAAAUCUCAGAAAUGGAACCAGGCAGAUUCCUGCUCUCAGCAAGAGGAGAUCCAGCAGCGUACAGAAGAGGCACUGAGGGAGCUCUUCCAGCAUGUUCACAGUAUGCCAGAGUCAGCAAAGAAGAAACAACUCAUUAGACAGUUUCAGAAGCAGUCUUUGACCCAAACACCAGGACGAGAACCGUCUACUCCCCGGGUACAGAAGAGGGCCCGUUCACGCUCCUUCAGUGGGCUUAUUAAGCGCAAAGUCCUGGGAAAUCAGAUGAUGUCAGAAAAGAAAAACAAGUAUCCUACUCCGGAAUCUGUGGCUAUGGAUGAACUGAAGAAUGCCAGCAAAGAAAAUAUGAACUUAUCAUUUUCCGAUUCUCCAGCUGUCUUGAUGACACCAACAAGAUUGAAAUGGUCUAAGGGGAAGAAAGAGGAGAAAAAAGGAUUCCUCUGAAGGAUCUAGAGUUCUCCUGUCGUCCACCCAUAGAAUUUAGUGGGCCAGGUAUCAUUUCUACGUACAGUGAAGCUUGGACUUGCAGCUUGCUUGUUGCUGUUUGAACUGAGAAAGCCAAUUAAUCCUGUGACCCAACUGAUAGCUCUAAUCCUACUCACUGGAUGACAUUUGUAAGCUGUGCCUUCAGAGAGAGUGCUAGGGCCACUCUUUCUCUCUCUUUUAAUGUUAUGGGGAAACCACUAACCAGCCAACAGCAUACACAGUGCAGUAAAUGGGCAGAACCAGGGGGGCCUCCAAGGCUCCUUCAGAGUUUUUAGGCCAGUUUUUAUUUUUAAGAAUAUGAAAUUUUGUGCUCAACUGCCAUUUUGUUUUUUUAAAGAACUGUCUGGAUUGAUCCUAUUUUUAAACUGAUAUUUUGGACUUUUCUCAUGUUUUGAUGUAUUGUUUGUUGUUUAUUUGUUUUAAAAUUACUUUAGGGGAAUUGGUAAUUGAAAUGGACUAUAAGCUAGAGAAUUUUAUCCUUUUUCACCUUAAGCUUUGGGAAAGUUCUUUAUCUUGUAAGGAAAUACUCAUUAGCAUCUUAUUUGUCUUCAAAGAAUUUACAGCUUUCUUGGAAAUUUAAAAUUAUCUUUUUGGGGUCAGGAUUAUACAAUAUUUGACCUCCAAUGUCAAAAAAGGAGAAUUCAGAAAGAUAGUUUAGCAAAUUUCAGUUAUUAAACUAUUUUCCCUCCAUUCCUCCUUCCCUUAGUCUGUCCAAAACUUCCCUUCUCCUUAGUGAUGUGGAAAAUCGUGUGGUUGCUGAAGUUGUUUCCUUCCCUGAGAAUCCUCUUAUCUGCAGCAGCCACUCUCUAUAGUGCUGAGCGGAUACUUCUGGGCCAGAUCACUGUGAUUUAUGUAGUCCCAUAUAGCUUCAGAGAGGUUUGCUGAAAUCUGUGUGUGUGGUGGGAAGCUUUGGCGUGUGUCUGGAGGGGCUGGCUGGCUGUGGGUGAGAUUCUGUGGCACCUUCCCAGGAGGCAGAUGUGCAGCUAACCCGUCUCCUAAGAGCAGGCUGGUAUCAUGAGUGAUGUGGAUGGGCUCUGCAGGGCCAUGGGUUAAGGAGAGAGCAUUCCUAUUUGGAAGCAGUUGUGGCUUAUCACCAGUGCUCCAUUGCCCAGUCCUUGUCAAAAUGGGCACAGGGAGAAACUGGGAGAGGAGGUGGGGUGGGGUAUUUGGCUUUUGGGCUGGGUGUGUUCACACAGGUUUGAGGUGGGCAGUGGCAUGGUGUUGGUCUUAUUUGAAGUAUUCGCUGCCCAGAGCAGUGUGUGGCAGGUGAGAGUGUUUUGGUUUAUCCCUGGUCCGUUAACUGUGUGCCCUUCCUACUCUUUGUAUGUUGGAGCUGAGUCAGGCCCCUGUCCAAGUGGGGAAGAAGGUGCCUAGCAAAAUAGUGUUUGCUGACCUAUCUUUAAACAGUUGAAAGUACUGCACUAUUGCUGAAAUGACAGGUGACUCUGGAAUAGCAGAGUUGGCUUUGUGCUUGGGUGUCAGCCCUCUCUUCCCUACUAUACUGUUUCUUUUGCUACUUUUACUCCAUUUGUGAAGCAAAUAUAAGACUUGACUUUCCAACAUGGCAAAUUGGGGCAAUAAAUGUAUAGAAGUAUAAAACUGCUUAGAAGCCCCUUAUUCUAUAACAGUCUUAGGUCAUUCUUUAAAAUAUUCAGAAGUAAAUUCAUACCACUUUUUUUUUCUUAGCAGGGGGAAAAUGUAUUUUCUUGUAUCAGGUGACAGUGAAUUCAGACAGAGACCCCUUUGGUGUCACCAAAUCAAAGUAACUGUUCCUUAACUCGGUCCUUUUUUCCUUAUUCGUUGAAGUGUGUUUCAUCCUGGAGUGGUGUGGUGGUCUCUUGGUAUGGUCGGGUGUCAGGUAGAGGGAGCAGAACAGUGACUCAGCCAUCCAUUCAGUUCUGUGCUGUUGCAGAGGUAACUGAGACUUAGGAGAUACUAAAGGAUCAGUCACUGAGGGCAGUGUUCCAGGGUGAAGGUGGUGAGAGAGGUGUUCACCACCUGCACAUGCUUGGGCAGCUUACAUGGGUAUAUGGGUAUGUGUGUGUGUGUUUAUUUAUUGAAUAUGUGGUGACCCUUGCUUUAAGGGUAUUAUAGGCCAUUUUUCUUAUAGAAGCUGUGAUCCAGUUGGAAACCAAAUUUGAAGAAUAAGCAGCAUAGAUUUCUGCCUUAUAAUUUGUAACUAUUCUAAUCCUGUGAAAUCUUAUGAUAAACUUAAAAAGCUUUUUUCAGUUCAUAGAAAGUUGCCAUCUCUCUUCUGACUCAGCAGGCAGGUAUGUUUGAGCCAGUAUUUAAUUAAUUUUUUUAACCUGUAAAUUGUUUAAAAAUCUAUUUUGUUGUGUUUUAUUUUUCAUAUUGGAACAGUCUCUUUGGAAGUGCCUCCUCUUGUGGUGUUUAAAGCUUCGCUUUUUUCUGGGCUCUGUUGGCAUAGGUUUUGACAUGGUAUCAAUUUGGGGUACUGUGUUUGUGCCAGAGGAGCUCAGGAUAAAGACACAGACCACUUUCUUGGCUCAGAUCUGUUUGGGACGAACCACACUGGGAGAUUAGUGAAGUCACGGAUACUGGGUUUCUGCCCUUUUACAACAUGGACUUCUGCAUUUGGGACCAGUGAAUUUGGCUUGGAAACCCCCGUGUGGCAGUGAAGAGGGUCAGGAGACAGUGCUUAUACCCAAGUCCAGAGCAUGCUAGAGGAGCAGGCAGUGAACCAUCACCAAACCACAGCUCAUCCUACACAAAGCAAAGCUCUUUGUCUUUCCAGGGCCAGUCAGGAAUGACAAGAGGACAAGGGUAGUACAGAGUGGUUGACUCUGGUAACUACUAGAUGUGCCAGAGGUGGCUGUUUUGUUGGUCCAAAAAGAAGUUGAUUGAUCCUGGUGUCAGGGCAGAGCCAUUUUUCCUCCUGAGUGGAAAUUUUUUUGUUCAGCUUCCCUUAUAGGAGCUUAUAGUAGCAUACGGUUUUAAAUGUUGCAUUCUGGGGAAACUUGUUGUCGCCAGAACUGUGCCCCACAGUGACUGGCCAUGUGACCAUGCAAUGGGAGGCCAUUUUUGAGAACAGCCAUCUCUAGACUCCAUCUACUUCCGUGCUUUUUGCUGGCCUCCCAAGGGUUUGGAAGGUGAUGGCUCCCAUGCUGAGGCUGCUUCUGAAUGGAGCUACUUUCCCUAGGAGAGAGCCUCAUCCUUUCCUUCCUCUACCCUGAAAGGUUUGCACUGAAGACAGAUCCUAGGUCUAAACCUGGAUACCAGCAGGAUUGCCUAGGAUUUGGGAAAAAUUUAGUCCCUAAGAUACAAAGCUUUAGAAUGCAGCAGUAAUUAGCCAGUGGCAAACUCAUUGUGGAAAGCUGGCUUUACUAGACAACUAAUGCUGAGAUCAGGGUCGAGUUGUUGGAGGCCGCUUAGUGAGGAGGUGGAGUACAAAUAGCUGGAGUGCUUGAGUUACCAUGGAAACGAAUGUGUAAGGCCACAGCUUAUGAUAAAGAGCUAUUGAGUAUGCCUGUGACAUGUUUAGGAACCAGCACAACCUUUAAGGAAAAACAUGCCCCUCAACCAAGGGGGCUUUUCUUUAGAGCCAAGUUUGCCUUUGUCCUGUCCCUGGCUCACCCAAAAACCUAAGCAGGUUUGUUAAGAUAAGGUUUCACCAUUUAUUAUUUUUCAUUAUUUGACUAUAUGUAAUGUAUGUGUAUAUAAUUAUAAAGAAACAUAUGUAUUGUGUUUUAUAUUCUUGUAAUAUUCUGAAAUUAAAUUUCUUUUGUUUCAUA